UAGCAUAACUCGCAUAAUCAAUAGAGGCGAACGGCAAUUAUUAAACAACCUCGAAUGUAUGUGCAUAGGUCGUUUUUAAUUUCCAGCUUAAUACUUAGCCUGGCAAGAAGGAUGUCCUCCUCUACUACUACUACUCCUGCUCCUUCAACGUACGUCUCCGGAACGCAUUCCGUGGCUUACGUGACCGUACCAGAUGAGGCUGUCGCGAAGAAGCUUGCUCACGGCAUCGUCCAAGAGAACCUUGCCGCCUGCGUCAACAUCAUCCCGAAGAUCACCUCCGUCUACCUAUGGAAGGGCGAGAUCAACGAGGAUUCGGAGCUGCUGCUGAUGAUCAAAACGCGCACCGCAAAAGUUGACGAGCUGACCACCUACGUUCGAAAGAAUCACCCUUACGAGGUGUGCGAGGUGAUUUCAACGCCCAUACAGAACGGCAAUCCGCCGUAUCUCAAUUGGAUCGGAGACAUCGUGCCGUAAAUCAAAAGGAAACCUUAUUUUUUUCGCAGCCAUUGGUGGGAGAUCGCUUAGCUUUGUUGUAUAUAUACAUUUACCUGUGGUCCGAUCUGCCAGUCGAGGUUUACCUCUUGUGGAGGUAACAUCUCUUAGUGCUUGACGUACCUUAAGACCGCGGUGAGUCUUUGCUAAUAAAAGUAUGUUUUAUUAUUUAUCAAAUA